AUCUAAAUGACAGCGACAAGGCUCAUGCGCUGACCUAGAAACCAAAGGAAACAAGCCAGCGCUUUUUCGAAACUAUCAUGAGUCUGAGCUCCUUGAGCUCAAUAUGUAUGCGGUGUCGCAUUACCUCGUUGCGCACGAAACCCCUUGAUUCAUGGCUCAUUCUGGGACAACGAGGCUAUAGGGAUUCAGCCGGUUUCGACUGGUCGCGCAAGCCUCACAAGCCUACACACGACAAGCGACGAGAACGUCCCGGAAAUGCUGACCAUGAACCCACUGACUGGAUUCUGAACAGUCUUCGUCGACCGGACAAGGGGAAAGGCCACAAACCACGGCAUUUCGAGGCGAAAACCCACAAAAAGGCUGAUUCUCGAACUCACCAUUUCCCCAAGGGAACUUUCGAUUGGAACAAGCCUCGCCACCCACCUCCACCGAAACCACGGGGCACAUUCAACUGGGACAAUCCACCCAGAGGGGCCUUCAUUCGACCCAAACCAUACGUUCCACCGCCUGAAAUCAAACCGGAAGCUGUUCCACGGUACUUCGAGACCCAUGUCCGUCAGUGGUCAGAAAACGCAGACCUGCGGGGUCACCUCGUCGACUUUGGGAUCCCAGACGGAGACCUGCAACCCCUCCUCGACGCCUUCGUCGCCGAUGUCGAGUCAGGAUCGCUCACCACCCCCAACAACUUUGCCAAAUAUGAAUUGGAGCGCUUCUCCCAACCCCUCCAGAUGCGCCAAAGUCUAUCCAUCCUCUACUCCACCAUCUUCUACACGUGGGCGACCGAGCCGUGCCGACGAGACAUGUUAGUGAACAAGUACAAGGUCAACCCAUCGACGCUGGACCAGAUGACGAAAUUGGUUGAAGCGACCGACCGCCGUUACGUGGCCGAGCAGUUCGUCGAAACACGGCGUAUGCAGCGCAAGGUCAUCAUGCACGUCGGACCCACCAAUAGCGGCAAGACGCACCAUGCGCUACGCGCUCUCGCCGCAGCACCCUACGGCGUCUACGCUGGCCCCCUCCGCCUUCUCGCACACGAAAUCUGGGAACGCCUCAACCUCGGGCACAUUGUCCCCAAAGGCGUCGAAGACGGCACAUACAAAAACGACGACGCUCCCUACCUCAAGGCCCUCCCCCACUUCUCCACCCUCUCAGAACUCGGCAACCCGGAAUACGCGCGGCUCACGAACAUGAUCACCGGUGAAGAGCAGAAAAUCGUCUCCGACGAGGCGAAGAUUCUCAGCUGCACGGUGGAGAUGUUGAGUUUCCAUCGGACGUACGAUGUGGCUGUCGUCGACGAGAUCCAGAUGAUCACCGAUCCGCAGAGAGGGAGUGGGUGGACGAAUGCGGUGCUCGGGUUGGCUGCGAAGGAAGUACACCUGUGUGGAGAGGAGACGGCUGUGCCGAUCGUCGAGGCGCUGCUCAAGGACACUGGUGACGAGUUGAUCGUCAAGCGGUAUGAGCGGCUGACGCCUUUGAAGGUCGAGGAGGAGAGCCUGGGAGGGGAUUACUCCAAGGUUCAGAAGGGUGAUUGCAUUGUGGUGUUCAACAGGAAGGGGAUCUUUGCGGUCAAGAAGAAGGUUGAGGCGCUGACGGGCUUGCGGUGUGCUGUCGUAUAUGGGCGACUUCCUCCCGAGAUUCGAAGUGAACAGGCUAGCUUGUUCAACGACCCGGAUUCGGGGUAUGAUGUCCUCAUUGGAAGCGACGCCAUUGGUAUGGGUCUGAACCUGAAAAUUCGACGUGUCAUCUUCGACUCCGUCAAGAAAUUUUCAGCUGGCGGCGAGUCUCUUCUCUCGAUAUCGCAGGUUAAGCAAAUCGCCGGACGAGCAGGUCGAUUCGGCCUUCACGAAGAGCCUGGAGGAUACGCGACUACUCUGCACGAAGAAGACCUCCCCUACCUGCGAGAAGCCGUCGGGUCACCGUUCAUCCCUCUUCCCUUUGCCCGUAUCACCUUCGACGCCAACACGUUCAGCAACCUUCUCUCCGUCCUGCCACCAAACAGCUCCACUUCCACCGUCAUCCUUGCACACCAUUACGCUGGCCGUCUCCCGCCCAAGGUUCGCUACCAAGACACAGAUUUCGAGCUGACGUCGACCUUCAACUUCAUCGACGAAUUCUCGGACACGCUGACGGCGAGAGAGCGCGUCCUCCACCUCAACGCGCCUGUGACUUGGCGGGACCCCCUUACUGUUGCGAUGGUCCGUACGUUCUUGGAGCAAGCCCGCGAUAAGAUGUACGUCGACCUCCCUGCGGCGCUCAAAACGACGAGGUUUAUGGAUAUCAUGGAGGGUAUCGAGAAGGAGAUGAAGAACGAGAGUAUUCCGCGGUCUAACCUGCGCGACCUCAGCACCCUUGAAUCCUUCCACAAGUCCCUCGUCUUGUACAUCUGGAUGUCCUUCCGCGCACCCAUCUUGUACCCCCAAUUCCAGCUGGCGACGGAGCUCAAGGCGAGGCUGGAGCGGGUGUUGGAGUGGUCGUUGGAGGGUAUGUCGGAUGCUAGUUAUAUCAGGAAGAUGAACAAGCAGGCGGAGAAGGGGGAGGAGAAGGUGGAGAAGAAGACGUCGAAACCUCAUAUUCCUCAUUAUAAUACGCGGUUGAAGGCGAGAGAGGGGAUGGCGGUGGAGACUGCUGCUGCUGCGGCAGCGUCGUGA